AUGGUGGCUGAUAUGGGAGAUUGUGUACAUCGGUUUGUGAGUGGGUUGGGGCCACAUUUAGUUAAGGAGUGCUUGACAGCUUCACUCCAGGAUGGAAUGACUAUUGCUCAUAUCCAGGCCCACGCCCAAAACCUGGAGGAACAACAUCAGCCACAAAGAGGUGAACGUUAUUCGGAUGGAGGCCAAUCAGCGGCCAACACACCUCCUCGAUUUGUGGAUAGAAGAUUUGACCAUCCUACCUAUUCAGGACCAGAACAGGGUUCUAAAGUUUCAGGGUCCCAACAUAGAGCUGAUUUUAACAAGAUAGGGCAACCCCCACUACGGUGUCCUCGGUGUGGUAGGUUGCACGCUGGGCGGUGCUACCUAGAUACAGGUGCAUGUUUUGCCUGUGGUCGGACUGACCAUUUAAUGCGUGAUUGCCUACUAAGGUAUGAAGGAGACAGAGCCGAGCCCGUCGGAUCGGCAGUUGGUUCAUCAUUGACUGUGCGCCCUCCUGGAUAG